AUGAAGUAUAGAAAUAGGACGGAGGCUGGUCCCGAUCCAAUGAUACAGUACAACAACACUGCAAAUGAGUCUGAUCUUCUACGAUACAAACUCAGCCCUGACCAGCUACGACGACUAAGAGAACCACGAUGGAGAUCAUGUUCAGAGCCAGUGACUGGCACCAUCACCACCACCACCACACCAACAGCCACUCAGUAUAUACAACGCCCAUUUACUGCAGAUAACGAAAUCACCCACAUUUCUGAUAGUGAGGAUGAUUCGGAGCUACCACCAUUGAGUGCCACUUCUCAAUCAACGUUUCAAACAAAGUUGAAUUCGGUGUUGCCCACCUUCACUAUGGAAGAUGAUUACUUUGAUUACGACGGUAAUGGAACAGUACAAUCUCAAUUGAGUAACGAAAACUUCCAUAGUGUCGAUUUUGCUCUGAAUGAUGAUGAAGAAAAUUGUGCCAUGGGUAGUGCCGGCCGUGCAAGUGAUGCCGUCAGACGAGGAGGGUGCAGCACACUGCGAAAAGCAGGUCCAUUGUUGCUGGGGGAAGCUGAAACUGUGGAGAAUGCAGACCAUGAUGACGAUGAAGACGUGAUCUUGAUUGGAAGCAGCCAAGUCGUUGCAGCAAACAGUUCAAGUAGUUUCAACACCGAAAUGGAGAGAAAUAUCGAUUUUGAAGAAGAAAAUGAAGCCACAGAAGAGUUGGAUAAAACUCAAUUGUUGAAGGAUUUGGCCGAUACUCGAAUAUUGAGUCCAAUUCAUGAGCAGAAAUUUGAUCCCAGCGAGAUCGAAAGAUGUUCAACUCCUCUUGUUGACGACAAGAAGUUGGUCAAAAGUGAAUGCGAAAGUGAUGCAUACGCUAUCAAGACUGAGCUGGUCUCGUGCCUUGGUGGCGAAUAUGUAAAGAAGGAGCUUGAAUCGUGUGUCAACGUAAAAUCGGAACCAGAUGGGGUGGAUCUGAAACAAAUAACCAAAAGCAAUGUAGCAAGAAUUAAAAAGGAAUUUUUGAAUGAUGCUGCAACUUUGAAGAAGGAGAAAUUGAUAAAGCCGUCUCCCACUUUUGAGGUGAAGCGCGAGGAAGAAGAGCCAAAGGUUGUGAAGGAAAGAGAAUCGCAAGUACUAGAUCCCACAAACAGAGCCGGGAAAGAGGGCAAGGGCAAACCGAACCAUAACUCAGCUCCUUUGCAAGAUGAAGUUAACUUUUCUGGUGGUCAAGAGAAUAAACAACCGGCGCCCAAUCGUACCCUCAAACGAAAGAGAAUUCCAUCCAAACCACUCUCUGCCAUUGUCAACACCAAAACGAGAAGAGUGGGGUUAUCCAAGAUCAAAGAGCACUUACAUGAAAGGAUUAAAAAGAAGGCGUAA